AUGUUUGUCAAUGUCAAUUUUGGCAGACGGGAUGGCCUUUUGGAGGAUGAAGAGCUUCUGGACAUAAUUCGAAAGAAGGUAGCAAGUAACGAUUACUGGACGAGCGAAGCAAGACUGAUGCAUUCGAGCCCACCAUGUUUCUCCUUUUACGUCCAUGGAGACCUAGAGCCGCGCAUCAAGCGAUCUGCAAUGGUUUUCAUCAAAGAACUUAUCAAAUUCAGCGAGAAAGUAGCACCUCUCUUUCUUAACGAUUCGAUCUUUGCCAACGACCAAUAUGAUUACACUUUCAACGGGGUUCUCGACUAUGACAAGGAUAGGGACGAUAAAGAGAAUCAGGAGAAUGAGGAGGAUCAGGAGGAUGAGGAGGAUGAGGAGGAUGAGGAUGAGAACGAAAAUGACCCCGAGGACGAAAAGUUUGGCCAGGGCGAAGUUGAUUCAGCAGCCUGGAUUAGAUGA